AUGCGUCUCUCACAUGUUCUCUUGCUGGCUGUGACCACCUUCGUCUCAUCUACCAACGCUCAGGCCAUUGAGGCCAAUGCUGAAACGAGGUUUCUCCGUUUAACCAUGACCGACGAUGCGGGAGAUAAAGAACGCGGUGCCUUCUACCAUAAGUUUGAUUUUAGCGUUUUGGAUGACAUCUUCCACGGUUUGCCUCAGCAAUUCAAAAGAAUGAGGGACGAACCUGAAACGCUGAGAAAUAUCUUUGCCUCGUGGAAAUCAGGCAUGCAAUCGGCUGAUGACGCUGUCAUCUACAUGAAGAGUCAAGGUCUGAGCAAUAAGGCGAUCAAGCAGUUCAAGGCAGCAUACCAGGCGUAUCUUAACCAUUAA